GUGUAACAGCAGCUGAUCGGAGCGUCUCUUCCGGGUUAGCGUUAGAUGCUACCAGGACUCUGAUGACAGCAGUAAAACAUCUGUAGAACAUCUGUAAAGAGCAGUGAACACCUGCGCACGAUGAGUGAGGAGCACUACCUGGAGCUGUGUGAGAGCCCGGUGCAGUUUGAGCAUGCGUCAAACGUCAACAACGUGUUCUUCGACGAGGCCAACAAACAGGUGUUCGCGGUGCGUUCAGGCGGCGCCACCGGAGUCGUGGUCAAAGGCCCGGAAGACAAGAGCAGUGUUGCCUUCAGAAUGGACGAUAAAGGAGAAGUGAAGUGUAUAAAGUUCUCCAUCGGAAAUAAGAUCUUGGCCGUUCAGAGAACUUCAAAGUCCGUGGAUUUCAUCAACUUCAUACCCGACUAUCCGCACACAGAGUUCACUCAGGAGUGCAAGACGAAGAACGCCAAUGUUCUGGGUUUCUGUUGGACCAACUGGAAUGAGAUCGUCUUCAUCACCGACCAGGGAAUCGAGUUCUACCAGGUAAUCAGAUCCUCUCCCAAAACACACACACAUACUGUACAACUUCUAAUAAUAGCCCGGGCGUUUAUUUACUUAAAUCACUGA